AUGAGUUAUGGAUCACAAAAUAAGGCUGUCAUCAAGAAUGUCGACAUGGCCGAGGAGAUGCAAGAACGGGCAGUUGACUGCGCUCAAGACGCCAUGAACAGGUACAGUGUGGAGAAGGAUAUCGCAGCACACAUCAAGAAGGAAUUUGACAAGUGUCGUAUCAUUCGGUUCUAA